CCAAAAACUCUGACUGCAGCUCUAGAGAAUGGAAUGACCUGCCAUGGAUAUUGGCAAAGAGCAUUUCGCUCAGUUUGUAACAUUCAACACAGCCGGUGCUUUGCCUUCAGAGCUCUUCCAACACGCGUGGAUACCCCAYGGUAAAGGCUUCUACGCGCGCGGCAUCGAAAACAUUAUUUUGUCAGAGAAAUUCACAAUUUCCGGCGAAUUCAAUCCUUACAAGUUUGUWGCAAAGAACUGGUGGGAUUCGAAAAAGGCGGUUGAGAUUGUAUUUCGCGAUGGCGUCCCGGUUCCUGCCACGCGAGGACAUAUAACUGUAUCUAACGCUGGUGUCUUCGAGGCUGUCUCAUGGACAGACAAGAUUGAAAAACACAAGGUCAUGAGACCGAAAACCCAAAAUAAAUUCAAAAUUCUCUUCAUGCUGCCAAACCAAGCAAKCAUAGACGAUUCCCUUAUCGAUGUGCUAAAGUCAUUUCUGCAGGGUUUAAAAGGAUUCGAGAGCCUAUGUGUGUUUAAACUCGAUGAUGUUUCUGGGGAUCCUAAUAAUGUAUGGCUUUACCAUUGGAUCAUUGAGGCGUAUUUCUGUUCGGAUGCUGUUGAUCCCGUUGCUUUGAUGGACGACAUUAGAAAUGGCGAGAAGUUUUCUAAAGAAUGGAAAAUGUGUGUAUUUACUGAUGAAAUGCAAAUCAUACCGAAAGAAUAUUAAUYGACAAGUACUAUCAAGAGUUUUUGCGAAGCGUACGCUCACUUGCCAUUSGCACUCGUAGAAUAUACUACUUUAUAACGUGAGCCGAAUGAAAAUGAACUGUAAAAAUCAUCCCUUUCUGUCUUACGAGGGUUUACACCAGGAUUUUCUUCUUCAUGACAGAAUCGGCCACACAUCUCACUCAACACUGCUUAUCCAAUYGCUAUAUUGUACAGAAACAAACAACCCGCUAGACGUAGAGUGGUUUUCAACCGUUUAUUCAUAAAUGGUGUUAGAUUAAAGCUCUUGAAUUUAAAAUAAAUAUAGCUUUGAAAACA